AUGGUCAACGUCUGGUACGCAGGUGCUCUCGCUCUGGCAUUCGCCGCUUCCAACGCGAACGCGGACGUCUGCGGAGACGCCUCGGUGACCACCACCGACAGCGCUACUCAGUCGUCGGCGCCGUCGGCGAGUACCGUCAACCCGGAGUGGAAGCUGAGCUCCCUGAAGCACCCGACGAUCACUGGCCACCGCGGCGCGCCCGGUUACCUGCCCGACCACACUAUCCCCGGGUACACGCUCGCCAUCGAGGUGGGCGUCGAUGUCAUCGAGCCCGACCUCGUGAGCACCAAGGACGGCGUUCUGGUCGUCCGCCACGAGCCCUACAUCGACGGCACCACCAACGUGGCCGACCACCCGGAGUUCGCCGACCGCCUCACCAACAAGACGCUCGACGGCAUCGUGACCGAGGGCUACUUCGUCAGCGACUUCACGCUCGCCGAGAUCAAGACGCUGCGCGCCGUGCAGCCGCUGCCCGAGCGCGACCAGAGCUACAACGGCCUGUACGCGAUCCCGACGUUCGAGGAGGUCAUCCAGCUGGCGCAGAACAAGUCGGCCGAGUACAACCGCACCAUCGCCAUCUACCCGGAGGUCAAGCACUCGAGCUUCCACAAGGCGCUGGGGCUGCCCAUCGAGAACACCAUGCUCGAGCUGCUGACCAAGUAUGGGUGGAACCAUGAAGACGCGCCGGUUUUUAUUCAGUCGUUCGAGACGGAGAACCUGCGCGAGCUUAACAAGGUCACCAACCUCACGCUCGUGCAGCUCAUCGACGGCUACGACAGCGACCCCAAAACGGGCGAGGUCAUCUUCAAGGCGCCGUCCGACCGCCCGUAUGACUGGACCCUGGCCAACCGCACGGACUACUUCGGCUACCUCACGACGCCGGCGGGUCUCGCUGAGGUCGCCACGUACGCCGACAUCAUCUCGCCCUGGAAACGAUACAUGCUCAAGGCUGUGGCCGUUGAGGUGGACGCGGACGGCAACGCUGUGGACUCGAACGGCGACGGCCAGGUCUCGGACGCUGACUACACCAUCUUUGAGUACCCGAACGUCAUCCAGGACGCGCACGCCGCCGGGCUCAAGGUGCACACGUGGACGAUGCGUGACGAGAACUACCGUCUGGCCGUCAACUACUCGGGCAACGCCACGCUCGAGUACCUGGAGCUGUUCGACAUGGGCAUCGAUGGUCUGUUCAGCGACAACUGCAAGACGGCCGUGCCCGCCCGCGACGCGUGGCUGGCGGCCCAGCAGUAG